AUGCUAUCAAUUCCUGCUCCGCGUCAAGUUGGCAGUAACCAGAACAACCCUCCUAGGCUGGGACGAGGAGACAGUGGGAACAUGUCCUUCAUUAUGCUUACGGAGUCUCAAGUUGGGCCACCGCAUGCGACAAUUGGUGUCAAUGGCGACAACACCCCGAAAGGCAAACAACCCCUCAGCACUCAAAAUGCUGAUCGUGAAAUAGACGAUGGAUCAUUUGCGGACCAAGUUGAGCGAACAAGCCGCCUCUUUGAAAUAAUCUCCUCUCGCUCUGACAUUGACCAUCCGAUCUGCACCGAAUGCACGGAAAUGCUCGUGGACGGGCUCCAGAAACGACUGGUAGAUGCCACGAAGGAGCGAGAUGCUUAUAUUUCAUUCUUGCGGAAUCUUAAUUCAUCCGUACCAACGGCUGAGGAACUCGAAGCGGCUGAAAAGUCCCUUAAGGAAACGUUGGAGGCAGAGGAGGCUGCGUUCGCAGAACUUGUAGCACUGGAACAGGAAAAAGCAGCCUUGGAUGAAGAGAUAGCUGACCUUGAAGAGGAGGCUCGUCAAUUAGACGUCGAAGAGGAAAGGUUUUGGCGCGACCGCAACACCUUUUCUCUAACAUUGGCCGAUUUUCAAAAUGAGCGGGAUGCUCUUAAUAUGAGAUACGACCAUGACUCGCGGCAGCUUGAAAGGCUACAAAGGACUAAUGUUUAUAACGAUGCUUUCUGCAUUGGCCAUGAUGGAUACUUUGGAACUAUAAACGGCUUGCGACUUGGGCGCCUUACAAACCCAUCCGUAGAUUGGCCGGAAAUUAACGCAGCUUGGGGCCAGACAGCUUUAUUGCUGGCCACCAUCGCGGAUAAACUGGGCUUUGAAUUUCAAGGGUACCAACUCAAGCCAAUGGGGUCGAUGUCCAGAAUUGAAAAAAUUGAAUAUCCACGGGGAUCACCAGCACAGUCCACCGUCGGUGGGGGUAGCGCGACUCCGUCGGCGCCGCCCAAGAUUACGACCCUUGACUUGUUCUCCUCUGGCGACCUGCCACUCAACCUUCCUUGGCUUCACCGCCGGUUCGAUGCAGGAAUGGUGGCUUUCUUGGAGUGCCUACGUCAGCUUGGGGAGUUUGUGGAGAACACGCCAGCUCCGAUGCCAUCAAAUCGACGAGGCCAUACCGGAAUCGCCGCUCCGGGCUUGAAGCUUCCAUAUGCUAUCAAGCGAGAUAAAAUUGGAGAUGCGAGUAUCAAGUUGGGCUUUCACAAUAAUGAUGAGACUUGGACCCGUGCUUGCAAAUACACACUGACCUGUUGCAAGUUCUUGUUAGCCCAUGCAAGCAAUGUUGCUAGCGCUGGCUCCAAUAACUCUGCAGACAUUGCAGCCGCAGCUGGUCCCGCAAACAAAUAA